GAAUACUGCCUGCUCUGUGGCAAAGGUGCAACGGCUGGGCACUUGGCCACAGAGAAUCACAGCAAGGCAAUGGCCAGCUGGGAACGACGUGGCCGUCCACAACUGAUAAUCUCGCCGGAGAGAUUCUCCGACAACGAACGCCUGCAAAUGUGCCUGCAGGGGUAUCUUCUCAAGUUCUCAGACGAGCAGAUUCGUGUGGUACAGGAGCGGGUGCUCCAAACAGAAUGGUACCAAAGCCAGGGAAAGUACCAAGGCCCGGUGCCACUCGAGUCGGAGAUAGUGCCAGGCGAGUCAUCGGCAGCCCCCUCGAAGUCGUUGACAACAGGAGCUGGCAUAUGGACGGCGGAGCCGCCGCCCAUCAAGGGGAAGACCGCAUCCUCGGGGACACCGGUUGCAAAGGAGAAGGCCACAUCCUCGGGGACACCUGUUGUGAAGGAGAAGGCCACAUCAUCGGGGACACCGGUCGCGAAGGAGAAGGCUACAUCCUCAGCGACGCCGGUUGCGAAGGAGAAGAUCACAGCCCAAAGGGCGACCCUUGGAUCCGUUGGCACCACAGGCUCGGAGCAAUUCACCGCAAGUUCUGAGCAGCUCGGAAGAUUCGGAAGAACGGUGGGGACACUGGGUCGCAAAACCAUCGUGGACUCGCCGGCCAGUUACCCCUCCGAAGGCUUCGGGGUCAAUGGCACCGGAGACGCCACCGAAAGCGGUGGCAUCUUCACCGAAAACGGCAUCUUCUCCGAGAGCAGCGGCAUCUUCUCCAAAGGCAGCGUCUUCACCGAAGGCGGUGGCACCGAAGGCGGUGGCACCUCUUCCGCCUCCACGCCCAUCAUCAGCGCCGCCUACCCCUACGGCGCCACUACCUCCACCGGCGGAGGGCCCUUACCAGUGGGCGCCAAUGAGCUAUGCGGGUGCCCAGCACAGGGCAAUUCUAUCCAGCCUAUGGGGGGAGAGCUUUCACGCGCGAGAGAUGAUGGGACUUAUUACCCCGCAAGAGCGGGAGCUUUGGACGCAAGCCCGGCUAAGCUCGACAGCCACCUCGCGCCAAGUGCGCCCUCGGAGGGUGCUACCGGCGCCAUCAGCAGCGCCAGGUGCCACGCCACAGGCAACAGCAGCACCGCCAGGUCACCGAGCCCAAGCACGCCACCGGCGGUUCCGGGACCUAUGCCUAUGCCCUAA